UUGUUGUGUUGUUUCUUCAGCAGUCUCAUCAUGGACGUCCAGUGGGUCUGCAGCACUUUGAGUCUGUUAUCGGUUAUAGGAGCGCUCAGCUCCGGAGACGACGGCUGGUACACGAAGGUGCAGCCGGAGGUGCGAGCCAUCGAAGGCUACCCGGUGGUGCUGCCCUGCACCUUCAGCCACCCGCAGCACUCCCAGCAUUCCUCUCUGCAGGUGUUGUGGCGUCUGGGCCACGGUCAGGAUUCCACCGUCCUGUACCGCUGCUCCAGCGGGCCGGGGGCCCCCACCUGCGAGCCGGGGCCCCAGCAGGACCGGCGCUACCGGCUGGAGGGAAACCCGAGGGAGCACGACCUGUCGCUGCGGAUCAGCAGCGCCGCCCUGCAGGACAGCGGGCGCUACUACUGCAGGGUAGAGAUCCAGGGACGGGAACACAUCAGCUUUGAGGACAAGAUGGGGACCCGGCUGAGAGUGGAGGCUCCUCCUAGGAUCUUGGAUCUGUCAGUAGAAGGUAGCGAUCAGUCCGGGUACCGAGCCCUGUGUCGGGUUCAGGGUUCCCCGCUGCCGGACGUCCAGUGGCUCGGCCCCGAUGACCCUCUGGUGGGUUCUCUUGUGGGUUCUCCGGUGGUUCCGCUGGCUCAGGGCUCGGCGGCUCACUUCCACACUGUCAGCCAGCUGAGAGACGUGGAGCCGGACCGGCGGUACGUCUGCAGCGCCUCCAACCCGCUGGGCAAAGAGCAGGCCGCCCUGUACGUCCUGCACCCCCGACCACCGCUCUACGUGGGCGGGGCCUCGCCUCUUCUGCUGCUCCUCCUGUCGCUGUCUGUGGGGGCCAAGCUCCUCCUCCUGGUGGGGGUGGGGGUCUGGAUGGUGCAGGGAGGAGCUCUGCAGGGACUCGGAUGCAGGUGGAAACUCAUGAUGGCACACUGGCCGUCGUGCACUGUGUCGGGUUCCCCCUCCUCCCAGUUGGUGUCUUGGACAGGAGCCCCGUUCAGCCAGUACCACUCACCAGAAUGGGAGCUGCGACGCAUGCCGAUCCAAACCUCCUGCAGGCCGUCGUUCUUGGUCUGGAGGAUUCUUUCGGAGAUUUGUUUCUGGAGCCGGGCGUCAGGGAAGCUGACCAGCUCCAGCUUCUGGUCUCUGCAGGACAGUGGUUCCGUUGAUCCUGGGUACCGGCGGUAUGAGGUACUUCUUGACCAGUUUGUCGAGUUGGCUGCAGCCAGCAGCAGCAGGAGGAGACCUGAACAUGUCGAUACACCUGAAAGUCCUUCUAGAUGA